CAACGCAAAACAAGUCAAGAUAAAAAUAAAGGAGAAGACACCGCUGCUAAUCUACCGCUCUACCCUUAAACCACAAAGCGAAAAGGGGAAUAAGAAAACAAACAACAUUCGAGCACAGACUAAAUACGAGGAAACCCACCGCUCCUUCUCUCCUCACACAAAUCAGUUGACUUGACGCGAUGUUCGAAAACUUCUCUUUCACAAAAUCACCUCCGCCGCCCUUCUACCACCGACCCACGACCCCCCCGCUGAGCCCCUAUGACUCUCCACCGCCAAAAUCCCUCUCGGCACACCUGACCCUCUUAUCCAUAACCCCACCACCACCACAAGCCCUCAUCCCGUCCCCACCACACAGUGCAGUCUCCUCGCCGACGACUCCAAGCGCGGACGCGCAGCCAUGCGUGCGCUUCCAGCGACAAAUCCUAGCACGAUUACAGACGACGGACGCGCAGAUGCGCUGCCUGGAGAGACUGGUCAGCGACGUCGUAUCCCGGGGCGGGAGCUUCGGAGGCUUGGGUGAUGGGGCGGAUAGCUCAAAAGUUGGGAGGGGCGGGCGGAGGAUGUCCUUGCCUAACUCCGCGGGGGCGCUUGUUGCGAAGAAGUGCGGGAAGGGGAGUAUUAGCGAGAAGUGCUCUGGCGGAGGUACCGGAGUGGGGAAGAGGAAGGGUGUUGUGGGUGGGGUUGGGAAGAAGAGGACCAGGAAGAACUUUAGGGGGGGGAGUGUGGGGGAGUCGGAGUAGUUCUCUCUCUCUCUUUCCUUCUCUCGUCUUGAUCGGUCGGUCGAUAUCCGAGCAUUGACAUGAUAAAUAUGCGGGCGCAUCUUCUUCUUUACGUUGCAUUACCUGCAAUACAUUCUUCUGAUCUUUUCCCUUUCAUAUUCUUACCAACUACUAGCACCGCAACUACACUCUCGGAGCGGGGUUUCUUAUUCUUGUUAUUUUUAUUUUUAUUUUUAUUUUUUUCCACCCUUCACUCUAUAUUUAUUCCCGUUUAUCAUACCAUAUACAUUGCGGGUGGCUGGGGCGGAGGGAGCUUACUUAAGGCGUUUUGCUUUUUUCUUUUCACUCAUCUUCGCUUGGGUUUUGCUUUUGCUAUUGCUUUUAAGGCAGGGAGUUUUUUUAGAGGGUUGGAUGGGGUGGGAGUCAUUUUUGCUCAUUUUUUUUUUCUUUUUCAUUUUUUCAUUUUCUCCUUUUGUCAUCUCUCGGGAAUAAAAAUUAAGUUGAAGAGUUCUGCAAAGUGAAAAUAUACCUUUAUUGAAUCAUCAUGCUAUACCGCGAACUUACUUUUUCCCAUCUUCCUCUAUACAUGUAAAAUAUUAUCAAACAUCAUACCGCUGCCAAUAAAGACAAA